AUGGAGGCAGCUGAGGAGCUGUUCCAAAGGGCCAACGCGCUGUUCGUGGAUGAGGACUACGCGGGGGCGCUGCAGGCGUACAGCCAAGCCAUCGACCAGUCGCCCCAGCCGCGUGCAGACCACUUUGCCGCCCGCGCUGCCGCACACCUCUACAUGCGCAACCAAAUGGAGGCGUUGGACGACUGCAGCCGGGCCAUCCAGCUGGAUCCCACCCACGACAAGGCCCACCUGCGCAAAGGCAUCGCGCUGUUUGAGCUGGGCGAGUACGAGAUGGCCCACAAGGUGUUCGUGCGGGGCAAACGCAUCAACCAGAAGAGCCCCGGCUGGUGCGACUGGAUCAAGAGAUGCGAAGAGGCCAUCCAGAACGAGCAGGGAACCUCACAUCCCCGGCAGCGCAAGCCCGAGGCCGCGCCCACUCCGAGUGCCCCACGCCCCGGCAGCAAGGUGGUGUCCGAGGCGGACAAGAAGAAGGCUGAGCAGGAGAAGGUUCUGGGCAACACCGCGUUUGGAAAGAAGGAAUUCAAGAAGGCGGUGCUGCACUACAGCACGGCCAUCACCCUCGACCCCGACAACCACGUUUACUACAGCAAUCGCUCGAUGGUGAAUGCGAGGCUCGGCGCCCAUUCACGCGCGCUCGAGGACGCCCUCGCCACCGUGGCCCUCUCGCCCAGCUGGCCCAAGGGGUACUACCGCCAGGGUACCGCCCUGAUGGCACUCGACAGGCACGCCGAGGCUGUCGAUGCCCUGCAAAAGUCGCUCGAUCUGGCCCACGAGGAGAAGGAGAAGGAGGAGAUCAACCGCGCCCUGCAGCAGGCCAUCGAACUCGCGAGGCUGCAAUCCCACCCUGCCUAUGCGGAGCUGAAGCAGGCGAGCAAGCUGAGAGACCGGGCCAUCUCGGAGACCCUCAAGACCAACAUCGCCAAGCUCCGGACCGAAGAGUUUGCCAAGGCCAUCACCUCGCUCACCGUCAACCUGGGCACCCGAUGGCGCUGCAUGCGGGUCGUGGUGGUCGACGACGAGGGCGUCCUCCUGCGCAUCCAGACGCCCAACUCCUUUCUGCCCUCGGACAAGAGCAUCAUCGCCAAGCUGCAGUCGGGCGACGCCAAGCUGGCGCAGCUGUUCGUCCACGUCGACAAAUCGACCACGCCGACCGCGCACCGCCAGGAGUACGUGUUCGAGGAGUGGAGGCCGACGCAGCCGCAGCGCAACUCGGCGCUCCCCUCCCUGUCCAACCUCACCAGCAAGCCCCUCACCGUCCUGCAGAAGAAGGUGUUGGAGCUGACGGCAGCGGAGGCCAACGCGAUGCACCUCCUCAACACGUUCAUCCCAGGCCUCCUCCAGUGA